AUGAACGCAAAAUCUCAUAAAUGUAGAAUGGGUUUUAGGCAUGGCAUAAUUGGAAUGAUUGUCAAGGUUGAUAGACUAAGUAGCUUGCCAGAUGAUCUUAUUCAUAAAAUCCUCUCUUUUAUUAGCCUGACACAGGCUAUUGAACUGAGUGUUUUGUCAUCCAGAUGGAGGUUUAUCUGGACUUCAUUGCCAUAUCUCAAUUUCAAUGAACCCCAUUCUUCACCCCACUCAUUCAAAUUUGUUUCUAAUGCUUUGUCUCAACGCAAUAAUCAAACACAAGUAUAUUCAAUCAAGAUCACGUUUAGCAGUAAAUCUUUCAAACAAAUUCUCAACUACACAUUCUCUCACAAUGUCCAGCAGUUGAGUGUAUCUUUUUUCUCAUCUUCCAUUAUCAUGACCUCCAUUUGGAACCUUCCAGCUUUAAAGACAUUGCAUCUUGAUGGCAUCACAUUGUGUGAUGAUAAUACUAAUAAUUGCGUUGGUUUUUUAUCCAUGUGCACCAACUUGGAGAAUCUCUCCCUAGGAGGAUUUAAAGUGAGGGGAACAAAUGAUUUGACUCUAAGUCAUCCUCGAAUUUCUAAUCUCACACUUGAACAUACACACUUGAAUUUGGACCUUAUCAAGGUAGUUGCACCUCAACUCAAGAAUCUCAAUAUUAACCAUUUCAAUGGGAAGCAUCUGAUGAUUUCUGCACCUGGGCUUACCUCCUUGGUCAUAAAAGGUUGUCGUAUUUUUCAGCUAAUUGCUACACAAGGUUUCCCUUCUUUGGAGAAGGUGGAUCUUUGUUUUAUUAAUACAAACCCACCAUACUUUGAAGAUCCUCUUAACUUAGUUUGUGUGCUCCAACAAAGUGUCAAAUUUCUUACACUAAACUUGGACAUUCUUGAGUGUUUUUCAUCCAUGAGAGUAAUGGCACCUCAAUCUUCUCCAUUUGCUAACUUAAAGAUUUCAAAGUUUUCAAUGACUCAUCCAAUAAGGGUAUACUUGGAAGUGGGAGCCCAAGAGAAAUUAACUACGUCCACUGAAAUAAAAAACUAUGAUCAGCUAGAUACUUCUCCUAGUGCCAUCUGCACAAUUGUCUCAUCUGAGGAGAUUAGACUUAUGAGGAAUAUCGUAUCAGCACAAGAGCUUGUUCCAGAACUAUGUGUGCUACUAAAGCAGCGUAAAUCAUUUUGUGAUGCCAACAGGGAACAACCCAUUGCACCAAUGGUGAGCUGCAGGGCACAAGUUAACAUGCAGUGGACACAAUCUGCCUCUGAAAUGCAAUCCUACUUGCGGGAAAUGAUGCCACAUUUUAAGCAAAGCAAAAUGGAGGAGCAUAUGCAAAGUAAGAUUGAGGAAUUACUGACAAAGUUAAAACACAUUGAAGGAUUGUUGACUAAGCUGCCUGCAUCAAAGAGGCCUGCAAUGCAAGCACCAUUUUGCAUUGUGUGUGAUGAAGCUGCCAUUGUCACGGGUGAUAUGUUGAAGUAUAUGAAGAUUCGAUAUAUUAAGAAGCCAAAGCGUUCAAUUGUCUAG